UUGUGUGUUGAGGCCCUCAAAGAUACCGAGGCGAGCCUUGCAGGAAUAACCAAAGAGCCAGUAUCCAUUUCGUAUCAACAGUUGAAGGAUGCCUUUGACGACCGAACUUCAUGUCCCCCCAGGCAACUGCUGGAAUCGAUUGCUAAGGCAUUUGGGCCAGAUGGAUUAGGACUACUGGAGGUAUCGAAUAUGCCACCUGCUAUGGUAGAGCUGAGAAGCAACGUGCUGGACAUGGCAGAAUCCUUGGCCAUGUUGCCAACAGAACAAUUGGAAGAGAUUACCAUUCCUUCCUCAAUGUAUUCUAUUGGAUGGUCACAUGGUAAGGAACAAUUUCGGGGAGAAUAUGACACUGGUAAAGGUAGCUUCUACUUUGAUCCCUUUCACGAAGAUAAAUCCAAUUACAACAUAUAUCCUUCAUCGAUGCAGCCUGAGUUGGAAGACUCCCUACUCGAAAUAUCAACUCGCAUGGCUGAGAUUGGAUCGUGGGUUGCCAGUCUGUGUGACUCGUACUUACGAGAGCUAAAGGGCAAGCAAGAAUCGCAGGGCACGGAAAUAAAGAAUGUACAGAGAGACAAAACCGACAACAAUGCAAUCGACUUGCCAAUUCAAACGAUGUCAAUAGAACAGAGCUUGGCUAAUGGAAAGUAUGCCAAGGGCCGCUUGCUGUACUACUUUCCAGCCGGAGCUAACAUGAAAGACUCAUUGCCGCAAAAAGAGGGCGAGAUGACUUCUAUCGACUCUUGGUGUGGGUGGCAUAAAGAUCACAGUUCCAUGACCAUAUUGAUUCCUGGAAAGCUUUUUGAGGAUGAAAGCGACACAAAUUCUGGAUAUGAACCUGGCGAUAAACCUGGACUUUACAUUCAGUCUCAAGCUCAUGCCGUCCAUGUCCGACUCCCCCUUACUUCCAUUGGAGUGCAAUUGGGAGAAACCUUGGAGAUUAUGAGUUGCGGACACUUUCGAGCCACACGUCACGCGGUGAAAGGGAGCAGCAAUCCCAAUACAGGUCGAGCAAGUCUCGCCUUGUUCUUGCAACCCGCUCUAGGCACGACCCUGCCGCAGCUCUACUCGCUAGCUGCAGAUGAGUCUUUGAGGCAACGAUGGCGGCCUACCUAUGGAGAAUUUCAGGAAGCAACCUUUGCAGCCUUUCUGUAG